AUGACGCCCUCCACACAAAUAGAUGCACUGGCCAGUGCCGUAGUCGCGCGGUUCCUACGGACAUACGCCUACACGGAGACUUUGCAGGCUUUUAUCCGCGAGGCAGGUCUUGCUCCGGACGUGGGGCAAGCCUCCGGUGAUGACACUCACAAUUUGACCAUCCAGAGCUUGCUGGAAGAGAAAAAGACCUUUGACCACAGCGUCAACUUUGAGCGACUUGGACAUGAUACCAAGGAGACUGCACCAUGGGCGCUUCCAGCCCCAUCUAAACCAACUAUUGUCUCUAUUCCAACAUCGUCAAACCUACUUGCUGCAUCGGUGGAGUUAUGGCAGAAGCCCUGCCAUAACGGGACUGACCCUGAUGUCGCUACCUCACCCAGACCUUUUAUCAUCUCGACGGGCGCUGACAGGCAGAUGCAUAUGCUUGAAACCGCACAUGGUCAUGCGGCUGUCGCUUCUCUCUCUGGCCUGUCCGACUCGCCCGUGCUUUCAUUCGUGUCGAUUCUCCAAGGUCGCUAUAUCUUGAUGACCAAUAUGUCGGGGCACUUGCUUUUGCAGCGCGGAUCUGAAGUGUUGGAAAGCAGAAAGGAUCAUGCCAAAUACGCGGUGAUGGUCGUUGCACAUGAAGAAGUGAGUGAUUCAGAAUCUUCACGGACAGUCUGGGUUGCUACCGCUGGCUGGGAUGCCACUGUUUUCUUGUACCGGGUCACCAUCCUGGAUGGGGACCAGGAAACAUCAACACCGGUAAUUGGAGACCCCAUUGCUCGUAUCAAUUUGACUACCAACCCGGAGUCGCUGCUAUUUGUCCGCCAUGUUGAUACCGGCGAGUUGCUGCUCCUCGUCUCACGUCGUGACUCCAGCUAUAUCUACUAUUACCAGGUGGAGUCAAGGGAAAAGGGAACAGCAGACAGCCUUGAAUGUCAUCUCCUUGGACAACAGAACCUGGCUCCACGCUCCAAUGCCUGGGUUGCUUUCUCACCGUCUCAUAUGGCGCUUAGUCCUCACGAUCCAGGUCUACUUGCAGUUGCUACAUCCUCAGAGCCACAUAUGAAGCUCAUCCUUGUGCGCCUUUUAUUCCCGUCAACCGGAUCUUUGAACGAGCCCGAUGCAUCUGCCACAGACGCAGCGGUGACGCAGGCUUCCCAGGCCCUCGAAGCCCUAGGGUUGCAGAACCGCGAAGAUGCUGCUAUCUUAGUACAGGCGAACACAUUUGCGCCUCAAACAUCGUACUCGACGCCGCAGGUGGCUUGGCGGCCGGAUGGAUCGGGUGUUUGGGUGAAUGGGGAUGAUGGUGUGGUGAGAGGCAUUGAGGCAAAGACCGGGAAGGUGAUUGUGCAGCUGAAGGACGGCCAUGAACCCGGGUACAAGGUGCGGACAAUCUGGGCUGGAUAUGUGAAUGUGCCCAAUGGAGGCAAUGGUUCAGAGGAAUGGGUUAUUAGUGGUGGAUUUGACAAGCGCUUGAUUGUUUGGAAAGUAUGA